UCAGAGAGGAGGAGUUCAGUCGACUGUAACAACAGCUUAUAAACACAUGUGGACUUGGCAUUGAGGUGCUGAGCCAAGUGGGAGACAGACUUUCAUAAGGUUUACAGAAACCAGGAGACUGCCAUCAUGGCAGGGAAACCCAAGCUUCACUACUUCAAUGGACGGGGCAGAAUGGAGGCCAUCCGGUGGCUCCUGGCUGCAGCUGGAGUAGAGUUUGAAGAGAUAUUUAUAAAAACUCCAGAAGACCUGGAUAAGUUAAGAAAUGAAGGGAGUUUGAUGUUCCAGCAAGUGCCCAUGGUUGAAAUUGAUGGGAUGAAGCUGGUGCAGACCAGAGCCAUUCUCAACUACAUUGCCACCAAAUACAACCUCUAUGGGAAAGACAUGAAAGAGAGAGCCCUGAUUGAUAUGUAUGCAGAGGGUGUGGCAGAUCUGGGUGAAAUGAUCAUGCAUUUACCACUGUGCCCACCUGAUCAAAAAGAUGCCAAGACGACCCAGAUCAAAGAAAGUAUAAAAAACCGUUAUCUUCCUGCAUUUGAAAAAGUGUUGAAGGGCCAUGGACAAGACUAUCUUGUGGGCAACAAGCUGAGCAGGGCUGACAUCCACCUGGUUGAACUUCUCUACUAUGUGGAAGAGCUGGACCCCAGCCUUUUGGCCAACUUCCCUCUGCUGAAGGCCCUGAAAACCAGAGUCAGCAAUCUCCCUGCCGUGAAGAAGUUUUUGCAGCCUGGCAGCCAGAGGAAGCCUCCCAUGGAUGAGAAAAAUUUGGAAGAAGCAAAGAAGAUUUUCAGGAUGCAAUAAUGCGGACAUGGCUGCCCAGAACACAGGGAAAACUUCAGGAGAUUGAAGUUUUCCAACAGUGAAGUGCUUUACCUAUAUGUAACAGAUCCUGGCUACUGUGAAGCUAAUAAAUUUUCCAAAGUAUAAGGGCUAAUUUAAUUAGAAUGCUGAUUUAGUUGCAGAACAAUCCAUUUUGUUUUGAUCACAUACGAAAUCAUGAUCUCCUCCUAGAAUGUGCCUGGGACUUAAACAUAA